UGGGAGUUGAGCCGCUGGUUUAACUCGUCGAGUCCCGGCUGCGGUGAGAGGAGGAGGAGAGAAGGGGGAUGGUGGUAGUGGCGGAGAGCGCAGCACUACUGCCGGAGACUGUCGGCGAGAACAAGGUCGGACGAAAACAGGAAUGAUUAUAACUGAAUUUUGCGGUUAAAAGGUUUCCCGCAGUACUCCGUGGUAUUGAAGUACAGAGAGACUGUGAUAAAUUAAGAAAGUAACAGGAUAAGGUUUCUACAGAACUCUUUUUCAUCUGCCUUGAGAAAACCUGAAGAAUAGUUAAGCUGGCGAUGUCAAGGGUACCAAGUCCUCCACCCCCAGCUGAAAUGUCAAGUGGACCUGUGGCAGAAAGCUGGUGCUAUACACAGAUAAAAGUAGUGAAGUUCUCUUACAUGUGGACUAUCAACAACUUCAGUUUCUGCAGAGAAGAAAUGGGAGAAGUUAUCAAGAGUUCAACUUUCUCAUCUGGAGCAAAUGAUAAAUUAAAGUGGUGCCUCCGAGUGAACCCUAAGGGUUUAGAUGAGGAAAGUAAAGAUUACCUAUCACUCUACCUGCUGCUAGUCAGCUGUCCAAAAAGUGAAGUCAGAGCAAAAUUUAAAUUCUCCAUUCUGAACGCAAAAGGUGAAGAAACUAAGGCAAUGGAGAGCCAGCGUGCUUAUCGGUUUGUACAAGGAAAAGAUUGGGGUUUCAAGAAAUUUAUUAGAAGAGAUUUUCUACUAGAUGAAGCCAAUGGGCUCCUUCCUGAUGACAAACUCACAUUGUUCUGUGAAGUGAGUGUGGUCCAAGAUUCUGUGAAUAUAUCAGGCCAGAACACCAUGAAUAUGGUGAAAGUUCCUGAAUGUCGCUUAGCAGAUGAACUUGGAGGAUUAUGGGAAAACUCUAGGUUUACAGAUUGUUGUCUUUGUGUCGCUGGACAAGAGUUCCAAGCACACAAAGCAAUCCUUGCAGCUCGAUCCCCAGUCUUCAGUGCUAUGUUUGAGCAUGAAAUGGAAGAAAGUAAAAAGAAUAGAGUAGAAAUUAAUGAUGUGGAGCCUGAAGUCUUUAAGGAAAUGAUGUGUUUUAUUUAUACGGGAAAGGCACCAAAUCUUGACAAAAUGGCAGAUGACUUGCUUGCAGCUGCUGAUAAGUAUGCUCUGGAACGUUUGAAGGUGAUGUGUGAGGAUGCUCUUUGCAGCAAUUUGUCUGUGGAAAAUGCUGCAGAAAUUUUAAUUCUGGCAGAUCUACACAGUGCAGAUCAACUCAAAACUCAAGCAGUAGACUUCAUAAACUACCAUGCAUCUGACGUAAUGGAAACAUCUGGCUGGAAAUCUAUGGUUUUGUCCCACCCUCAUCUGGUGGCUGAAGCUUACCGAUCACUAGCAUCAGCUCAAUGCCCUUUCCUUGGUCCUCCCCGCAAACGGCUCAAGCAGUCCUAAAGUGACAUUUAGAAAAUGGAGCGCAUCAUUUUUACAGCACUGACCCGAUCACAAUGUUGCACAAUGCAAUGUAUGAAGCUUUCUGACGCGCUUCCCGCCAUGGGAACGACCGUGCUUGGUGUGCUAAUGACCCUUCUGCACUAAGCACUUUGGGGAGAAAAACAAACCACAAACUUUUGCUGCAUUGUCUUGUGCCCCCUAGACCUGGCUGAACGGAUUCCCGCUGUUUUUUAACGGAUGUUUUUAGAUGUUGGCUCAGAAGCUUUCAUUAUGUGGGUGGGAGUUGGGGGGGGGGAAAGAAAAAGGUAGCCGUUUAACUUGCACUACUUCAUCUACUUCAUUUCGUGAACUUGAAGCCAGCUUCUGUCAGCACAAGAAAAUGGAUAGGGGCAUCUAGAGUCAAAUGGACAACCUCUAAAUGGAGGAGGAGAGAAAUACUCAGGCUGUGGAUGCGGUAGAUGCCAAUGGACUUCUUUUGUCCCUCCACUGAAAAUGCAAGUACGUUAAUGUCGUUAGCCGCAUCUGACCCAAAGUUUGCAACAGCAGUCAAAAGAGAACUGUUUAAGUAGCACUUGUAAUAUCAUUAUAAUAAAAAAAAAUGGAAAAAAUGAAUCCACACAAAUUUGGGUCAAAUUUUAAAAGCAUGGAAAGGAACCAUUCAGUUUAGACUUUACCCUUGUGCUCCUAGCAUUCUAAGCUAAACUAUGUUUAGAUACAUAAGAGCUAUGGCUAUGUAAAUGUGUUUUCAGAUGAUAGCUGAAGUUUCAUGUGUAGAAUGUAUGAAAAAUGUAUUGGGCAUUUUUCUUGGUUGGGUUAACAAACGGAACGAGAAUUGAUGAUCACGUUUUCUUGUUCACUGGGGGGGGAUAAAAAAAAGUUCUACUUCAGCUGUUGAAUUCAAGCUUUUGUCAAACACAUUCAACUAUUUCUACCCGAGAAAGAAAAGGUUAAUUUGUAGCAACUUGUUCCCAGGUUGCAUUGCUUCCUUUGAUUCAUUGCUUUUCUGAAGUGGGGAAACAUAAUUUGAAAUGGUUAAGUCCCAAAUUUUUCUUUGGAAAUUAUAAGUAAAAUACUAUUUUGUAUUGAAAUGCCUUUUGUGUAUUUCCUCUUCAGAGGAAAUCCUUUUCCCCAGAAAAUAUAUUGUGAUAUAUUGAUUAAU